GAUUGGCUGCGGCGCGGCCGUUUCCGGUGGAGCCGCCGAGGAGCAGCUGUAGCCGAGUGGAUUCGGGCUGGGAGGGGAGCGCUGAGGUAGCUCCGCCGGACGCCGCCUCGACCGCAGUCCGAGCCCGCCGCCGCCCGCCCGCAGCAAGCCAUGGCGUCUGGCAGCACCGCCAGCGAGGAGGAGCGCAGCCUCCGGGAAUGCGAGCUCUACGUGCAGAAGCACAACAUCCAGGCCCUGCUCAAGGACUCCAUCGUGCAGUUGUGCACCGCGCGGCCCGAGAGGCCCAUGGCAUUCCUCAGGGAAUACUUUGAGAGGUUGGAGAAGGAGGAGGCAAAACAGAUCCAGACUCUGCAGAAAGCGAGCUCUCGUGCAGACUCGAGGGAGGAUGAAAUCUCUCCUCCUCCACCGAACCCAGCGGUAAAGGGCCGGAGGCGACGAGGUGCCAUCAGUGCCGAGGUCUACACGGAGGAGGAUGCUGCAUCCUACGUGAGGAAGGUUAUACCAAAAGAUUAUAAGACAAUGGCUGCUUUAGCCAAAGCCAUUGAAAAGAAUGUACUGUUUUCACAUCUUGAUGAUAAUGAGAGAAGUGAUAUUUUUGAUGCCAUGUUUCCGGUUUCCUUUAUUGCUGGAGAGACUGUUAUUCAGCAAGGUGAUGAAGGGGAUAACUUCUAUGUGAUUGAUCAAGGAGAGAUGGAUGUCUAUGUCAACAAUGAGUGGGCAACCAGUGUUGGGGAAGGAGGGAGCUUUGGGGAACUUGCUUUGAUUUAUGGAACACCCAGAGCAGCCACUGUCAAGGCAAAGACAAAUGUGAAAUUGUGGGGUAUCGACCGAGACAGCUAUAGAAGAAUCCUUAUGGGAAGCACGCUGAGAAAGCGCAAGAUGUAUGAGGAGUUUCUUAGUAAAGUGUCUAUUUUAGAAUCUCUGGACAAGUGGGAGCGUCUCACGGUAGCUGAUGCGUUGGAACCAGUGCAGUUUGAAGACGGGCAGAAGAUUGUGGUGCAGGGGGAGCCGGGAGAUGAGUUCUUCAUUAUUUUAGAGGGUUCAGCUGCUGUGCUACAGCGUCGUUCAGAAAAUGAAGAAUUUGUUGAAGUCGGAAGAUUGGGGCCUUCUGAUUAUUUUGGCGAAAUCGCGCUGCUGAUGAAUCGUCCUCGCGCUGCCACCGUGGUUGCCCGUGGCCCGCUGAAGUGCGUCAAGCUGGACCGCCCGAGGUUUGAACGUGUUCUUGGCCCGUGCUCGGACAUCCUCAAACGGAACAUCCAGCAGUACAACAGUUUUGUGUCCCUGUCCGUCUGAAACCUGCUUCCCGUGCCUCCCUUCCGCCUCUCCCUGUCCAGGCUUCCCCAUGCAGACUGCUCUCUGGCCCCUCUUUGCAGCACCACGUGGCCACUGGCAUCGCAGCUUCUUGUCGGUUUCUGUUAAAAGUUGCUCUUAUUGCACCGUUUUUAUUUUGGAGCAUUAACUGAGUGCUCAUACACAGUUAAAUAAAUAGAAAGAGUUCUGUGGAGACUUGGCUGUUCCUGCUUCUCUCUGUGCAGUGUUAGUGUUCACCCUGGGCCGCGCGUGCCAUGCUUUCUGGUGAGGGCAGACCCUGCGCCACAUGAGUUACCGUAGAGUCAUGAUGUAACCGUGCAAGAUUGCCUUUCAAGUGACAGAAGUUUCCUGUUAUCAUAAGCAGAUUCUAGACUGUGGCCAUAUAUGCUAUAUUUCUUUAUAGAAUAAACGAUUUCUCAUUAAGCUCUGAGGAUUAGGAAAAACAGCUAUAGAAAAAUCUUAGUAUAGUAGAAAGACAUCUGCCUGUAUAUAAACUAGUUUAAGGGUGGAAAAACGCCCAUUUUUGCUAAUUAUCAGGUGGAAAUGAUCAGUUCUUUUUUUUUUUUUCUUUUUAACAAGAAUUUUUAUUUGUCAAGCAACUUUGCCUGGUUUUGUUUCUAUCUUGUUCUUAAUGUUUCCUCUCCAAUUCUAAAAUAUGUUGAGGUGUGGCUGUCUAUACCUACCUGCCUUUUAAGGUUCACACCAAAUCAUAAGCUGCAAAUAUUGGGUAAUGAUUUAACUACAUCUGCCUCAGCUCACAAAUUCUGAUUACACCUUCCUUUAUCCAGCUCGUGCCAAAUGUUGACCGUCAGAUGCUGAACUGAGAAUAAGAAUUUGAGGUCUGCACUCUUGGUUGUUAACUUAGAGUUUUUGGUUAAUGUAUAUCCUUCAGUUGAGGCCAGGAUAAUAAUCUCUUAUGCUCUUUAAGCACUGAUUCCAGGAGAUUGGAUUUACUGGGAGUAGACAGACUAAAUGUUGUAACCGCAAAAUGGAGGUGGGCUUGCUAAAGGGAGAAAUGGCAGGUGGACACAGUUCAGUGUUGGGAGGUUUGCCCCACUAAAUUCACUGGGGCAGGAGAUUUAGGAAGAAGUUUUUUACUUUGCUUUAACCUUUCCUCCCCUUUUUACAUCAACUAGAAUUUAUGGUGGGUUGGGGGGUGGGGUAGGAUGUGUCUGUGUUUCAAAUGGGUCUAAAAGGCCAUCCUUCUGAAAAGUUCUGCUUUCCUAUCUACCAGCUUAUUUCUCUGGCAAACUUUUUUGUGUAAACGAGUGUUUUGAGUCUUAACUUUAUUUCAGUAUUUUCCAGCCUUAUCAAGGUUAUGUGUUGUUACAUUAUUCCAUGUGCACCAAUGAUACCCAACUGUUUAUUUUUAUUAUUGUUAUUUUUUGAAACAAAAUUUCACAGUUCCAUAAUGUAGGCACUUUUAUUUGCAUUGUGAUUUAUAUAAUAUAUAGGGUUAUAUUGGGGUGACUGCAAGCAUUUUUUCCAUCUGUGUGCAUCUGGCUCUGAUUUUUAAUCCCCUCUCCUUCCCCUUUCCCAGGUAAUUUAAAUUGGUCAUGGUAAAUUUUUUUCAUAGAUUUGAACAGCUUUUGGGUUGUUAAUACGUUUGGAGUAUAAAUCUGGGAAAGAGAUUUUAUUUACAUUUUAGUGUGGGAUAGAAAGCCACCUUAUUUCAAAUUUUUUAUUUUUCAAAAUAAUCUUUACUAAAUGAGGAUUUUCUGGUCUGUAUUUUGUGUUUAGCUUUUUAUAUUUAAAAGAUUAAAAAUAAAAAUUAUGUUCUUAUUAGCUUAAAGCUUGAUUUGAUCUUUGUUUAAAUGCCAAAACUGUACUUAACUAAAUUAUUUAGAAUGCCAUAAAUUUGCAGAGUUUCAUAUAUGUAUAUAAUCAUGCUCAUGUAUAUUUAGAUUCAUAACACUGAUUUCUAAAUGAGUUUUGUUCUUAAGUCAUUGGGCUUUGCUGUUUACUCCCUUUUGUAGUUUUUAAUCUAAGAAAAUUUAAGUCUGAAUUUAAAAAUGAUCACAUUUAAAGCCUUAUCUUUGUGCAGUCUAUAUGAGAAAUCACGACUGGCAUCAUUUGUCUCAGUGGAUAUUCUGGGCUUUAGAAGUCAUUAUUUCUGGGCUUGGUAAGUGGAUUUAUGAGCUCCACUGCUCUAGAAAGCAGAGAUGGCCAAAGGACCAUUUUGUAUUGUUUCCUGGUCACUAGUCUGAUUAUACUGUGUGUGCUAAUAUACCCUCUUCUUUUUGUUAUAGAUUGUCUCAAUGGUAGGUCAAGUAAUAAAAAAGAUUAAAUAAUUUAA